GGGAGGCAGCAAAAUAGACCGCCGUCCAGCCAUUCAGACUGACAUCGUGAGUGGGGAAACAAGAAAUGCAAUAGAACGGAUGUGACCCUGAGACAGAAAUAGACAUACAGAAACAGAGACAGACAGUAAGAUAUAUAGACACAGCGAAUAAAGGCAUCGACAGAAGUGUAUCUAGAGAAAUAGCGUCGGGGCGAAUAGAUAGAUAGAGAGGGCUAGCGAGAGAGAAAUAGAGGCAGAGGAUAGGCAGACAGAAGCAGGGAGAGGAGGGUAGGGACAGCUCGAUACAGGGAAACUCAGAGGCAGAAGCAGACGAAAGGAGAGGAACAGAACCCCAGGCAGAGGGAAAGAAAGACCAAGAGCCCCUGACCAUCUCCAGCCGCCGGAGCCAGGGCUGGGGCUGUUGGAUGAUGAAGAAGACACUGCCGAAUAAGAGGGGCACCCAGGAAGGGAAUCAGCCGCCUGGCCAACCCGAGAAGUGUGGCUGGAUUCGGAAAUACUGCGGGAGAGGAAUAUUUCGGGAAAUCUGGAAAAACCGCUACGUGAUCUUAAAGACAGAUCAGCUAUACAUCUCAGAGAGAGAGGUGAAAGAUGAGAAGAAGGUUCCAGAUAAGUUCGACCUGACAGACUAUGAGAAAUGCGAAGAACUGCGCAAAUCGAAAAGCCGGAGCAAGAAAAACCACAGCAAGUUCACACUGGUCCGCAACAAACAGCCCGGUAACACGGUACCAAAUCUGGUCUUCCUGGCAGUGAGUCCUGAGGAGAAGGAAUCAUGGAUUAAUGUUCUGAGCAGCGCGCUCAGCCGAGCAAAGAACCGCGUCCUUGAUGAGGUGACCGUUGAUGAAGAAAGCUUUCUUGCCCACCCGACUCGAGACCGAGUGAAAAUCCAGCACACCCGCCGGCCACCCACUCGCGGCCACCUGAUGGCAGUGGCUUCUACCUCCACAUCCGAUGGCAUGCUGACCCUCGACCUGAUCCAGGAAGAAGAUACAGCCCUGGACCAUCAUGGAACUUGUGCAGAGAGUUUCUGCACCAAUCAGCUUGGUACCAGCCACCCCAAAUCGAACUAUGAAACCUCCACCAAAACCGUGGAGAAGGGAGACAUGGUAACAGAGAAGGAGCUCUUCUCCCGGAGUGGCAACCUACAGAAGAAAGGAGACGGUCGGCAGAGGGAAUCAGCCACCUCUCUGGAUCGGGAAGGGGCCUCCUCGCCAAAGAUCCCAAAGAAACUACCCUUUGCGGAGCUAAACAAGUGCGCGUCAGAGGAAAUCCUGUCCCGAGCAGGAUCUGUGCACAGGUCUGCAUUACGGAAAGGGUUUGAGACCCAAUCAAGCAGUAUGGAGCAGGAGCAGUUGGGGCAGGUCAGGGAACUCAUUGCACUGAAACUGGAGAGAACUCAGCAGCUGUUGCUGGAGGCUGGCAACCACGGGAGCCGGAAAAGGCAGAACAGAGACUCCUCAGGGAAAUCAGAUGGCCAGAGCGCCCUCUAUGAGACGGAGCGGCUACUCACUGAGGCUCUGACCAACUGGACCCAAGCCAAGCAGGUUCUGGAGGAGAUCAAGGAACUGAGGGACCUCUGCAAGCAGUCAGCUCGAAUGCACAUUGAGCCAGCACUGACAGCAGGCAGCCAACCUCCAUCCAGGAGGAGUCUGAUGUGAACUUUGCAGGUAUACAACCUUGUGUCUUGGUCAACCUCCUUCUCUUGUUCCUACAGAAGAUUGAGAGCCUUUUGGCAAGGGUCGCUUGGCUUCACCACGACCUUAACUUUGGAUUCAGCCCUGGCAGGAACAGACAAGACUGAUGGCCUAAGCCUGUGCCAUCCUGUCUGGAAGGGAGGAGCCUACGAGUCCACCUCAUUCCACUGAGCCUGUUUUGAGGCUGCAGUUGUCUGUGCCGAGUGACAGGACCUCACAUUUCAAUGCAGUGCCUGUGUUACAAACUGGAGUAAGCUGCACAAUGCUACAAAUUCAGCUGUUUAAUUUGAGUGGAGGGAGGAAGCCCAUCAGCAGCUGCUGCCCUGAAAACUCCCCAAGUAUAAAGCCUCUUUUCAGCCUUGUUUAUGUCAGUAUUAUCCCCCACUCAGCAUCAGGGUAGUCUAAUACAAAAGCAAAAUACUAUGGAUGCUGAAAAUCUGAGAUAAAAAUAGAAAAUGCUGGAAUUAUUCAGUAUAUCUGACAGCAGUGUGGAGAGAGAAAUAGUGUUAGUGCUUCAGGCCCUCAGAACUCUGAUGAAAAAUUAGGACCUGAAACGUUAACCCUACUUCUCUCUCCACAGAUGCUGCCAGGACUGCUGCUAUUUCCAGUAUUUUGUUUUUAUUUCAGGAUAGUCUACCAGUUCCAAGGUUCCCGUGUAUUCACCUUAUAAAGGAGCUGUCUGGAAAUGUGUUAAAAUUCUUAAGAUGGACAUCUGUCCUUGACUUGGAGAGUUAGCCUUUAAGAUUUUCAAUCAACUUUAACCAGCAGUUUAAACCUCAGAACUCCAGCCAUAUACCCACCCAAUCUACUCCUUCACACUCAUGCCUUUGUUCCCUAUCCUCCACCCAACCAUCCACAAAUGAGCCCUCUCCAUCCACCCACCUGGGGUUCACCACAUACCUUGCCCUACCUUCUCUUUGUCCCUCCUUCCCCACUUGCGCCUCACCCAGCCUGUCUCACCUACCCUCCCUUCACUGUUAUCGUGCCCCUGCAUUCAGUGUGGGGAUUGUCCUUGUGAGGAUCUAAUAUGGGUGCUGAGUCUCCUCAGGACAGAAACCGCAUUGGAGAAUGGCUGGGCCUGACUGUUGAGUGUCAACCUAGUUUCAAUAUCUACUUGUAACAAAUUCCAGGGGGAAAGGAAGUGUUGCAAAGAACUUGUGAUAUUCUGAACUUUAUAAAGGGGAGAGUAAGAAAUCAACCGAACAAUGUGGCAAUGUAAGGUAUGAUUCCUGAUCCUUCUUGGAGGGGCAUAUACUCAUCUAAUCAAGUGCUGAUGUAUCAGUUCCUCAGUAUAGGGAGUUUGUGUAGUCCGAAUAUUUUAUCUGAUGCUUCUAACCUGCUCAAUGUUCUUAAGGUGCUAUUGAGUCCCAUCAGAUCAGUUACUGUCCAAAUGUAUCAGCCUAAAGGAACAGAAUGCAAUCUCAGUCACAUCACAACCUUCCUGUCAGUUCCAAGGGUGGCCUGAUAAUUUGCAGCUUGAACAAUUUGAGAAAACAAAAUGUAAAUCAGGGGAGGAAGAAAUGAUGGCCUAAUAACAUUUAUUUUUCCACAAUUAAUCUCUGGGUCUCCUCUUUCCCCAGCACUGUCAGAUCCUGAUCCAUCUUUAUUUCCUUUGAAUUUUUUUGAAGCUGUGAUUUUAAUACAAUUAAAUUAAAAUGAGUAA